UCACACUGCAGGCACUCGCCAGCACAGGGACAUCACAACUGAUCUCUGAGCUGUUAGACACUGCACAGCCUUCCUUAUCUCUUCUCAUCAGAAACUACUUCUCCUGUAUUCAACAUUGCCAUUACUUUAUUUGUGCAAUUUGUACAUUUCUCUGCAGCAGUAGCAGCACCUGAUCAAGAUCUGCAUCUCUGGGUCUGAGAGCUGAACACCCAUCACCUUUUUAUUAUAUCCUUCUAAAAAAAAAUCAACUUAUCCCUCUAUCUGUUAAUUUGCAUUACUCUGGAUACAGAAAGCACCAUCAUUGGGACAUAUUCAAAGUAAUGCCAUGGUACCCUACAGUUGAUCCCACCUUGGUGUUCACUGGACUGUACAAUCUUUGGAAGAAUUCCAACAAACUGUUGAACACAGACACGCACAGACAAUGAAUGUCUCCAUGCAGAAUUCCUCAUUGAACAAUGACACUGGGAUCAAUGGCACCAUCACCAACCCAUUUCUUCAGCCAGCCUGGCAGAUAGCUCUCUGGGCUGUGGCAUAUUCCAUUAUAGUCAUUGUUUCGGUGGUUGGAAAUAUCAUUGUCAUGUGGAUCAUUUUAGCACACAAAAGGAUGAGGACCGUCACCAAUUACUUCUUGGUUAAUUUAGCUUUCGCUGAAGCCUCAAUGUCUGCUUUCAACACAGUGGUCAAUUUCACCUAUGCCAUUCACAACCAUUGGUACUAUGGGCUCAUAUAUUGCAAAUUCCAUAACUUCUUCCCAAUAUCUGCUGUGUUCUCCAGUAUCUACUCCAUGACUGCUAUAGCCCUGGACAGGUAUAUGGCUAUCAUCCAUCCUCUCAAACCAAGGUUAUCUGCCACAGCAACUAAAAUAGUCAUUUGUGUCAUCUGGGGAUUUGCAUUCUCUUUGGCAUUUCCACUGGGAUACUAUGCAGCGGUCGAACCAAUGCACGAUCGUGAAGUCUGCUACCUAGAAUGGCCAGGAUAUGAGCUAAACCGGAAAUACGAAAAAAUGUACCAAGUAUCUGUCUUUGGUCUUAUAUACUUUCUGCCCCUUUUGGUGAUAGGCUGUGCGUACACUUUUAUUGGAUUAACCCUCUGGGCCAGUGAAAUACCUGGUGACUCCUCCGAUCGUUACCAUGAGCAAGUGGUGGCAAAACGUAAGGUGGUGAAAAUGAUGAUUGUCGUAGUUUGCACAUUUGCAGUUUGCUGGUUGCCGUAUCAUAUCUACUUCCUGCUACAGAUCUUUCUUCCGGACAAGGACCAGAAAUUCUACCAACAGCUAUACCUGGCCAUCAUGUGGCUCGCGAUGAGCUCAACGAUGUACAACCCCAUCAUCUAUUGUUGUCUGAAUGACAGGUUCCGUAUCGGCUUUAAACAUGUUUUCCGAUGGUGCCCGUUUAUCCGUGGGGGUGAGUAUGAAGGUCUGGAAAUGAAAUCUACACGCUACCUACAAACCCAGAGCAGCAUGUACAAAAUCAGUCGUAUUGAAACCACCGUCUCAUCUGUCCUAAGCGCCAACGACGAGGAUGCAGAGGAGAGUGGGAAGAACAGCAAACGCCUGUCCUUGGAUCUCACCUCUAAUGGCUCCUCACGCAGUGUCUGUAAGACUACGUCUGACUCAUCCAGCUUUUACUCCAACAACUUAUCAUAAAUGGGCCACCACAUUCAGGAGUGCCACAGGUGUCCAUUUAUGGUUGGAAAUUUUGCUAGGCUGCUUAAGCCCGCCCCAAAGGAGGGAUUCAUUUCUGAUUGUUCUCCACCUUCUUCAGGCUUUAGUUGAAUGAGAGUUUGUUUACAAUCUCCAAAUCCUUCCUCUUUCCUUUUUGAAUUCCGUUUUACACCUCCCUCUUUGAAUUCCAUCAAUGAGAGUUUGUUUACAGAAUUAAAAGGAUUUCCCUUCCCUUUACACCAUCUUUAUUAUCCUUUAUAGUAAAUGCAUGGCCAAAAUCUGUUUACAGCCCUAGAGGGUCUGCACUUUUGUAAAGAAUAAGCUGUGUCUGUUAUUUGUUUACAUGUUUUCAAGCCUACAAUUCUUGCUGUUGUCUGGAGCCUCUUUGCUCAAAUUUCUCCUCUUAUUUUCUUUUCCAUAAUUACUGCUCUGUUUUACACGAACAGCACUUAAGAGAACAUUUGAAUCUCAUGAGGUCCUACCUUGAUUAAAGAUAGCAGAGUGUAGUACAAUUGUAGGACCUAGAAAAUGCCCAAAGUAAACAUUACCAUAUUUGAUAAAAAUAACAUUUUAUCUUUGCUACAUUUUGCGUUUUUCUUUUAAAAACCAAAAUAAAUAGCACAAUAUUUUCUUCUAACACAAAUACUCUGCAAAUUCUGCUUUCCUUUAAUCCAUUUGUAUCAGGGGUCAAAUGACACCCUUUGCAGUCACCAUGCACAUACAGUAUUAAUAUUAUUAAUUUAUGGCACCGUUGGAUUUUAUUAGCCUUUAAACCCUAUUUGUCUAUCUGAAAUCACCCUAUUUAGCCUUGUGUUUUUUUCAUGCAGUUUUAAUUUCUAUUAGAAGCCUAUUGGAGAAAAAUAGAAACUGUGAAAGCUUACAACAUAUCCUCAAUUUAUAACGUUUUUCAGGGGAUUCAAUACUGUUGGAAAAAACUUUCCAAAUGAUUUAUCUAUAAAAGUCACCAUGAAAGAGGAUAUGUCAAUAUCAUGGGUCUUUGAAUAUUUUGCAAAAACCACUAGAAACAGAAAACUCCUGUUUUGGGAGGUACCCGCAGGGUGUACAGGAGGUGAGUUUUAUUUGCGUCAGGCUGUCCCUCGUGGAUACCUCCAUCGUCAUGCUGCAAGCCUUCUUUGGCUCCUGGUGCUUCAGUUGCCAGUAGCCACGUCAGUGCUGUUCUCUCGCACAUGAGCGAGAGUGCCACACUGAGAUCUAUGAAGGACGCCACAAGAGCACAGGACUCUCUAUAGACUGAGCCUGAAUCCCAGAGACAUAAUUUGUGAUGGCUGCUGGGAUUGGACAAAAGUUGAAGGCUCUGCCUUUUGUCAGCCUCAGGCUUUACCAUAGGACAAAGUAGUUCCUACUUUGAUUAUGGUAUCUUUGGUUUGAAUUGAAAUUUCAAUGAAAUUCCAACACUGUCUUAAUCAGUUUUUCACAAAGACUAUAUCUGUAUGAAACACUGUAACGUGACAGAUCUGCUUAAAGUCUAUGGGAAAUUAUGUAGAUAAAUAAUUUGGAAAGUUUUCCAACAGCAUUGGAUCAUUAAGAAAGUUUAUUAAAUCAAGGCCAUAAUAAGAUAUUAAAAACUACGGGUUACAGCGCAGAAUGUUAAAAAGGCAUUGUGUACUCUUACAAGUACAUGGCUCCAAUACCAAAGGGUCAUAUUCUGUUAUCUUGGAAAACUGUCACUGUGACUUUUCCAAUUUCUCCGUAAACUGUAAAGAUAAAAUAAAUAGAAUAAGUAGGAUAAUGUCAGUGAUAUGAGAAGGAAUAGCCUUAGUGUUUUAAUAAAAAUGUAUUCUUAUAAUUCUUUUGCAGGCUUAGCUAACAGUAAAAGCAUAAUCAGUGUGUGAAGGUGAUUAUAGAAAAUAUAAUUUAAACCAAAACAAAAUAUUCAAUACAUCAUUUAUUUUUAUGGUAAAAACCAUGUGUCUUAGAGAGUCUAUUAAGAGGAGAAAAUAAAAGACUUAUUUCAGUAUCAGAAGACAUUUCUUAAAGUAAACCUUCCUUAAAUCCUAUACGAUAGUGUUCAGUAUUUUGUACUGUUAAAUAGGUUUUUGGAAAAUAACUAAUAUGUUAAAUAGAAAUGCAUAUAAUCAAUCUGCCAGUAAGAGCAUCGUAAGUACCAUAGAUUUAACAUGUAUAUUAUUGCCCACUAAGUCAAAUCUCCCUUUUGUGGGGAUGUGGUCAGCCACACAAAGUGUGAAGAAGAGCUGUUGCAGUUCUGCGAUAGUGAAAUAAAUAUCCGUAUGGCCCAUAACACAUAACAGUAAGCUUCGCAUUACUGAAGUAAAAUAGUCCAUAUCUACUAAAAUAAAUAUUUGAAACAAUUACAUCAACUGAAAAAUAAGAACAUACUAAAUGUAGGUUUAAUAAAUACAUUUUGGCACACAUUCUUUUUUUAAUCCCAGAAAGUGUUCUUUUUUUAACUCAAUUCUAAUUUGGCACGCUUGCAAUACAAUACAUGUGUAAUAUUGUUUUGUCACAAAUUUUAGCAAUAUUAAUUGUGCUUAUUAUUCAUUUUAGAGCAUAUGAAGAUAGACAUGUAUAUUUUAUCAUCUGUACCUUCCUUUUAUUCUCAUCCGUAUUUCAAUGAAUACAGUCCAUCACAACCCUUUUAAUUAGCCAACAUUCCAAUGAGACCUAAACCCGCUAGUUGCCACUGUGUUGCUAUAACAUGUAUUUAAGCAUAAAGCAUUCAUUGUAUAUGCCACCGCACUUUCUCAUCUUCUAAAGGAAGCCAUUAAGCAGGAAGCAAUGUAUUCUGGGAAUAUUUUCAGAGUCCCUCUGAAACAGCCUAUACACUUUCAUAGUUUACAUAUUUCAUUUGAACAGGUUUUGAUUUUUGAUUUUUUUUCAGGGAAACAAUUCAGUGCUCAUCACCGAGCACCCAUUGUGUGAUUGGCGCAAAGGUGAUCUUUGGAAAUUCCUUACAAAUGAUCCUUGUGUCAAGUUCAGCACAACAUUUUAACAGGGUCUCUGCUAUAUUAUGAAUGUGAAAAAAAAAUAUGUAUGUGUUUGUAGUAUCUUUAUGGAAACAAGUUUCCCUAUGGACUGCGGAGUAAUGCAACAGUCUAGUAAGGCUGUUUGCACAAUGACUAUAUCCACAGCAGUUUAAGGCCAAGCAGAGGGCGCCAUAUUUGCAAGUUGCUGUCUGGUGGUUCUUUGUAAAUGAAGCCAUUGGACUGGCCACUGUUUCUUAAACCAUUAUGGUUUUAAAGAAUGCCUAUGGCUAUAUGAUAAAGACCAGCAGCCUGGUUUAUGAUGUUCUCAGCCAUCUUCUUGAUAAACACAGUGUAAUUGUAAUCUAUAACAUGUUUUUCACGAGCUGUAACGUUGAUGUAUUGAGUGCGAACUGCUUCGGUUAGCUCUGUAAAGCGAUGCAUAUGUUUUCACUGUCAAAGCAAAAUCAGUAUUUUCACAAAUAAAUGUGUUGGUUCAUUAA